AGAAAACCAUACGACGAACUGCUCAUCUUCCAAUUUCAAAAUUCACUUCAGUCAAUUCGUUGCAAGAAUUUCACUUCUGGCGACGUUUUCCUUCAUGAACUCUCUGUAAUUCACUUCGUUGAUUUGAUAUGUCGACGGAGAGAUUGAUUUCCAGUGGUACAACUCCGUCGGAAGCAGAGGCGCCGAGGUUGGCUUCAUCGUCGCAUUCGUUCCGGCAAUGUGGAGAACCAGCUAGGGUUUUUGAGGAGCUGCCGAUUGCUUCCAUUGUAUCGGUUUCGCGACCGGAUACUGGAGAUAUCAGUCCCUUGCUGUUGUCUUACACCAUUGAAAUUCAAUACAAACAGUUUAAAUGGAGCUUAGUGAAGAAAGCCUCUCAAGUUCUAUAUUUACAUUUUGCGCUGAAGAGACGUGCAUUUAUUGAAGAACUUCACGAGAAACAAGAGCAGGUUAAAGAAUGGCUUCACAACUUGGGAAUAGUAGACCAUACAGCUGCAGUCCAUCAUGAUGACGAGUCUGAUGAUGGGUUAUUUCCUUUGCAUGAUGAACAAACAACAAAAAAUAGGAAUGUCCCUUCUGUUGCUGCUUUACCCAUCAUUAAGCCAGCAAUGGGAGGACAGCGGUCCAUUUCAGACAAGGCAAAGCUAGCAAUGCAGGGUUACUUAAAUCACUUCUUUGGGAACUUGGAUAUUGUAAAUACUCGUGAGGUCUGCAAAUUUUUAGAAGUCUCGAAGAUGUCAUUUGUAAGAGAACACGGUCCGAAGUUGAAAGAAGGUUACCUAAUGGUGAAGCAUUUGAAACAGCUAACAGGAUCUGAUUCUAGUAUAAAAUGUUUUGCAUGUCAUUGGUGCAGUUGCUGCGUGUACAAUUGGAAAAAGGUUUGGGCUGUUUUGAAACCAGGUUUCUUGGCCUUGGUUGCUGAUCCCAUGGACACUAAACUCCUAGAUAUAAUUGUUUUUGAUGUUCUACAAACAUUAGAAGAAAAGGAGGGAUCCCAAGCAUGCUUAGCAUAUCAUGUCAAGGAGCGCAAUCCUUUACGUUAUUCAUUUAAGGUUAGAGGCGGAAAUGGAAAUCUGAGGUUCAGAACCACAAGUACCGCCAAAGUCAAAAAAUGGGUCUCAGCAAUUAAUGAUGCUGGGUUUGGAUCCAAAGAUGGUUGGUGCCACCCUCAUCGCUUUGGUUCUUUUGCUCCUCAGAGAGGUUUGAGUGAUGAUGAAAGCCAAGCUCAGUGGUUCAUAGAUGGCCGGGCAGCUUUUGAAGCAAUCGCUUGUUCUAUUGAGGCUGCAAAAUCUGAGAUAUUCAUCACUGGUUGGUGGCUUUGCCCUGAGCUUUAUAUGCGACGUCCUUUUCACAAUCAUUCUUCUUCACGGCUUGAUGCAUUGCUGGAAACAAAGGCAAAAGAAGGUGUCAAGAUUUACAUCUUAAUGUAUAAAGAGGUCCCUAUUGCUCUGAAAAUUAACAGUAGGUAUAGUAAGAAGAGGCUUCUAAAUAUUCAUGAGAAUAUUAAGGUACUACGUUCUCCUGAUCAUAUGUCAACUGGGAUUUACUAUUGGUCACAUCAUGAAAAACUUGUCAUCGUUGAUCACCACAUUUGCUUCAUUGGAGGUCUGGAUUUGUGCUUUGGCCGCUAUGAUACAAUGGAACAUAAAGUGAGUGAUUUCCCUCCUUAUACAUGGCCAGGAAAGGACUAUUACAACCCCAGAGAAUCUGAACCAAAUUCUUGGGAAGACACAAUGAGUGAUGAAUUGGAGCGGGAGAAGUGUCCUCGAAUGCCAUGGCAUGAUGUUCACUGUGCUCUUUGGGGAUCUCCAUGUCGUGAUAUUGCUCGUCACUUUGUUCAGAGGUGGAACCAUGCCAAGAGAGAUAAAGCCCCAAAUGAAGAAAAAAUACCUCUAUUAAUGCCUCAACAUGACAUGGUCCUUCCACAUUACAUGGGAAGAAGCACGGAGUUGAGUUUCAAAAAUGAAGGCUCAGAGCAAGAUCAUCAAAAGCAGAACACGGAAGAUUUCUUUUUCUCCUCAUCACCACAGGAAGAUAUUCCAUUACUUAUGCCUCAGGAAGUUGGUGGACUUCCAGAUUCUAACAUGGAAAGAAAUAGUCAAAUGAACAAGCAAAUGGAGAUACAAAGUAGUGCUAUGGAUUCUUUUCAGGCAUACAAUGUUGAAUCAUUGACCCAAUAUGAACAAGCAAAUGGAUUGUUCGAUGAAUUUGGAUUUUUGGAUGAGUUUGGUGAUUUUGGUCUUUCGAGGGAAGCUACUACUGAUACUCCGCCAUAUAUGAAAACUUCAGAUGAUUGGUUGGAAACCGAACAUGAAAGCAAUCAUGUUGUUGCUGUAAACGAGGUCAAAGAAAUCGGUCCUCUUACGACCACCAAUUGUCAGGUAAUAAGAAGUGUCAGCCAGUGGUCAGCAGGAACAAGCAAACCAGAAGCAAGCAUCCAUGCUGCUUAUUGUUCUGCCAUUCAAGAGGCAAAACACUUCAUCUACAUUGAGAACCAGUUUUUCAUAUCAGGUUUAUCAGGGGAUGAGACCAUCCACAAUCGGGUUCUGGAAGCACUAUACCAACGUAUAUGGCUGGCUCACAAAGAAAAACAAUGUUUUAGAGUUAUUAUUGUUUUACCACUCUUACCCGGAUUUCAGGGUGGUGUAGAUGAUAAUGGCGCAGCAACUGUUCGAGCCUUGAUGCAUUGGCAGUAUCGAACAAUUAGUUGGGAAAAAACUUCGAUAUUGUACCGUCUCAAUCUUCUCCUGGGUUCUAAAACACAGGAUUAUAUCUUGUUUUGUGGCCUCCGAUCAUAUGGCAGACUUUUUGAUGGUGGUCCAAUUGCCACUAGUCAGGUGUAUGUGCACAGCAAAUUGAUGAUAAUCGAUGACUGCAUUACCUUUAUUGGUUCCUCCAACAUAAACGAUAGAAGUUUACUUGGAUCCAGAGAUUCUGAGAUUGGGGUGAUUAUCGAGGAUAAAGAGUUUGUUGAUUCAUAUAUGAAUGGAAAGCCAUGGAAGGCUGGAAAAUUCGCUCAUAGUCUACGUUGCUCCUUGUGGUGUGAGCACCUUGGUCUUCAUCUCGGAGAGGUCAGUCAAAUCCUUGAUCCUAUAGUAGAAGCAACAUACAAAGAUUUAUGGAUAGCUACGGCAAAGGAAAACACAGCAAUAUAUGAAGACGUCUUUUCUUGCAUCCCCAACGACAACAUAAACUCAAGAUCAUCUUUACGCCAAAGUUUGGCCGAUUUGAAGUGCAAACUUGAUCAUAACACACUAGAUUUAGGAAUAGCUGCUGAGGAGAUAGAAAACCAUGAAAAUGGGGAAGUAAAGAUGAUAGAUCCAAUGGAGAAACUGAAGUGUAUAAGAGGACAUCUUGUCUGUUUUCCAUUGAAGUUCUUGUGGCAAGAAGAUCUCAGACCAGGCUUCAUUGAGAGUGAGUUUUAUGCUGCCCCUCAAGUUUUUCAUUGAUAUAUAUAUGUAUAUGUAUGUAUACUAUUCAUGCAUGAUCACAAGAUCACAAAGUUGAAGAUCGAACCAUCGACUUUUAGAAUGAUAAUCUGUGGGUAAAUAAUAUGUACAUAACCAUUCUUUU